AUGAGAUCUUCAUUAUUAAUAUUGUUGGCCAGUGUUGCCAUUGCUGCUGAACCAAGUGUUAUCCCAGUUGAAGCUGUUUCCGAUUUACAAAUAAAAGCAAGCGUAUCCGACGAAGCAAUUGUACCUACUACUGACAAAGCUAGUGGGACUGUGGUGCCACCAACUAUUGCUACUACUGAUGCUGCUGCUGCUGCUGCUGCCACUACUUCUGGCUCGUUAUUGGGAGAUUUGGUAGAUGGUCUUUUUGGUGGUAAUGCCCAAAAUUCAAGUGUAAAAGCUACACCAACCACCACCACUGCUGCUGCUGCUGCUGCACAAAGUUCCGGUGGAUUUUUAGAUGGUUUAUUUGGUGACUUGCUUGGCGGAAGCAGUUCUGCUUCUAACUCAACUGUUACACCUACCAGUGGUUCUUCUGACGGAAGUUUAUCUGAUUUAUUUGACGAAUGGUUUGGCCCAUCCAACUAUACCAAGACCACAGACGCUGCCUCUUCUACUGGCUCAGUUUUGGACGGUUUAUUUGAUGAUUUGUUUGGCGAUUCAGGGUCAACAAACACUGGGUCAACCUCAUCUAGCGGAAGCUGGAUUGAUGAUCUUUUGAAUGAAUUUUUAGCUCCUUCAAAUAGUUCCGACUCUACUACUCCUUCUUUUGAUGGCAGCGAUCUUUUGAAUGACAUUUUAGGUAUUGGCGAAAACUUGGCUGACGACUUGUUUUCCAACAUUGACGGUAAGAGCAUUUUGACAGGGGUUUUAGGUUUUGCUGGCGAAAUUUUUGACGAUUUAUUUGGCUCUUUUGGUGGUUCCAGUGCUUCUUCAAGCGGCUCUUCCAGUGCUUCUUCGGGUGGGUUCUUGAGUUCUUUGUUGGAUUCAAUUUUUGGUGAUUCGGGUUCUUCCGGAUCUUCAUCUUUGCCAUCUACAUCGAUUUCUGAUAUUGUUUCGGAUGUUUUUACAUCUCUUUUCGGUGGUAUUCUUGGUGGGUCAAGCGGGUACACUGGAUCUACAAACAAGGUGUGUACUUUGAAAAAGAGAUCUCUUGAAAAGAAAGAGAUCAGAAAGCUUGUUAGGAAAAGUGUCAACAAAGUGAUUGCCAGAAGACAACAAGUCAUUGCUGAAAAGAAACAGGCCAAUGCCAAAAGAGCCGAAUCUCUUUUAGUUUAG